AUUGGCAUUCAUUAUAAGAAAUUAAAAAAAUACAUGUUUAAGUACCUAGGGACAACAGAAAAAAUGCUAAUUAUUAUCUACCUUUGAUAUAGUGGUGAAAAUCUAGAUGAGGCCAUGAUCAGAAUUAUACUCGUAUGGGCAAAAUGGAAUUGACCUCUUUGCUUUUUGAAUCAGAAAAAGAUCCGAAAAUGCCAAAAACUAAACAACUGUUAAGCUGUAACCAAACUACUUAAAACAUCACCGAUUUUUUCCAUUUGCGAUUAAAACGCAGAUCCUGCAGCAAAACAAAAGAAAAACACACAUAACAAGUUAAAAAUGUUUAAAAAUAGGAAACUUUUUAGACUUAUAUAUUUAUUUUGUAUUGUUUUAAACUUAACUAGCAUAUUAGCACAAACAACAUGUAAAAACGGACUCGGAAGAGUUCUUUACGAACGUCUGCCAAAUCAACAGCUUCAAGGAUACGAUGAUGAUGUGGUUAGAGAUACAGCGCCACCAUUUCGAGUUCUUGAAAAAUGUCAAGAUCUCUGUCUGCGAGAUCGAACCGGCACAAAUAACCUAGUACGGACUUGUACCAGUUUUGAUUUCCAACCGGGCAGUAGAAUAGCUUCAUUUGGUGGAAAUGCCGAAUAUGAAGAAUCGAUUUGCUACUUGACCAGUGAGCAAGCUGGACCUGAGGGAAUUGGCAGUCUUAUGUUGGUGCCCAACAGUGUCCAUUUCAACGAAAUAUGUCUAACAUCAAGUAGACCAGAACGGGAAUGUCCAAGCCGGAGAUAUGUCUUCGAAAGACACCCCAGAAAGAAGCUUAAGCUUCCACUUUCCGACAUUAAAGAGAUAACUGCUGCUAAUCGAUCCGAUUGUGAGGACAAAUGUUUGAAUGAAUUUUCCUUUGUCUGUCGAUCGGCCAACUUUGAUUCCACCAUGCGAACGUGUACACUCAGCAGAUUCACCAGACGAACUCAUCCCGAACUUCUUGAGGACGAUCCAAAUUCCGAUUACCUAGAGAACACAUGCUUGAAUGCUGAACGGCGUUGCGAUGGAUUAGCUGUAUUCGUCAAAGAGGAAAACAAACGGCUCGGUGGUCCCUUCGAAGUGGAUAUAUUCAAUAACAUGACUCUAGAGGAAUGUCAAACAAUGUGCCUGCGAGCUGAAAAAUAUUUCUGUCGAUCGGUUGAGUUCGAUGAUCAAACAAAGCAAUGUAUACUCUCCGAGGAGGAUUCUAUAUCCCAGAAAGAUGAUAUCAGCAUCAGUUCAAGUCCAACACAUCACUUCUAUGAUCUAGUGUGUCUAGAUAAUCAGAGAGCAACUGAUUAUCCAUCGGAUAAUUCAGUGACUUCACACCUAUUCUCGAGCGGCCGACGACCGGACACUGCAUUCCAACGUUAUAGGAACUCUCGUCUCGGUGGAGAAUUCCAUUCGGAGAUCACUGGGCGAUCGUUGAGCGAGUGCUUGGAUGAGUGCUUAAGACAGACAAGCUUUCAAUGCAGAUCGGCGGUGUAUAGUGAUCGCUUCAGGACGUGUCGAUUAAGUCGCUAUAAUCAAAAGGAUGGCAUGCGUAUCAUCUACGAUGCUGACUAUGAUUACUAUGAGAAUUUAAUGCUUAAUGUUGUUGGGACUGCUGGCACUGGAAGUGGUGGAAGCGGCACUGGUGGAACUGAUGAUGAUCGACUUGGUGGGCAUGGACGACCAGAUAGUGGAAGUGGUCAUAAUAGCUGGAGACCACCAUCAGACAGAGAUAAAAAUAGCGAUGAUCGGUUUGGCACUGGUGCACCAGGUGGUGGAGGCUCUAGCAAGUAUCCACACGCUGGGGAUAUUGGAAAGCCUUAUGAUCGCUAUCCAGAAUCUGAUUACGAUCGUUAUCCGGGUGGUGAUCGUUAUCCCCCCUCGACUGGAGAUCGAUAUCCAGGUGGUGAUCGUUAUCCCCCCUCGGCUGGAGAUCGAUAUCCGCCGAGUGUAGAUGAUCGAUAUCCCACAACUGGACCUGGUGAUCGAUAUCCCACAACUGGUGGUGGUGAUCGCUAUCCUGAUCGUUAUCCACCUACAGGUGGUGGUUCUGAUCGAUAUCCACCACCAGUUGGGGAUCGUUAUCCAGGAGAAGAACCCUAUGUUGAUCGAGAGAGAUAUCCAAGUGGACCAAACAGAGACCCUUUAUUACCAGAUCGAGGACGUUAUCCAUCCAUGGAUGAUGAACGUUACCCCGGUAAAGGUCAAUAUCCAAGUAGUGAUCGUUUUCCACAACGGUAUCCAAGUCGCGAUCAAUACGCUGAUCGUUAUCCAUAUCCUGUUGAUCGUGAAAGAGACAGAUAUCCCACAGCACCGUUUGGGGAUCGUGAUCGAGACCGUUACCCCUUAGAUGAAGGACGUUAUCCACCUAGCAGAGAUCGUGACCGUUAUUCACCACAUCGACCUAUUGAUCGCUAUCCCGUAAUAUCUGACAAUGGUUUGCCGGAUAGAGAUAUUCCACAUACAAGACCAUAUCCACCCGGGGAUGGUCCCAUAUACCAACGGCCCUAUCCCGGUGGAUCCCGAUAUCCAGAUGACGGAUAUUCAUCACGAUAUCCCCCCAGCCGUUAUCCACCCAGAGAUCCCGGUUAUCCGGGAAGAGAUUCUCCCGAAAGUAUAUUCCCCGAUCGUCGUUACCGACCAUCAUCAUUCGAUUCAAGAUAUCCCCCAAAUGCACCCAGAGGACAUCCAUCACGUUACGGUCCGGAAAAUGAAAGAUACCCUCCAGAUGAGAUAAUUUUGAAUGCUCGACGACCAGAACCGGAUUCAAGUAAAAGAUAUCCUCUACCACCACCACCGACAACUGGAAAAUAUCCGACAUCUCCCAAUCGUUUUCCAGUAGGCACGGAUCGUUUUCCAAUUGACAUUUAUAAAUACGGUAACGGAGAUCGAUUUGGUGGCAGUGGGGGAAGAAGACCUCCGGCAGGUUACGACCGUAUUCCGCCCCCGUCCUAUUAUGACCUAGAGUAUGACGACCGGUAUGGUGAUCGCCCACCACCCCCAUACAUUCCCCCGUACGAUCGUGAAUUCGAUGGAGGCUACAGGAGACCUGGCAGUCAUGUUGUUGGAACUGGAGGCGGUGGUGGUGGCGGUGCUGGUGCAUAUCCACCAUAUGAGAGUCCCUAUAGUCGUCCACCAUACGGUGGCAGUUCUAUCAAUCAAAUUCCCCCAGAAGCGCUCGGUGGACCGAGUGGUGGCGGUGGUGGUGGGCCACCGCCAUACGGCAGCGGUCCUUCUGCCGGUGGUGGAUCAGCUAGACCACCAAGUACGAGAUGUGACGAGAACGAUAAUUUCAAACAAGUGGCAGCACGGCACAAGAUGCGACGACACUUUGUUCGGCGAGCCUUGAUCGUGCCCUCGCUUAUCCAAUGCGAACGUGAGUGCAUUGAAUCACGGGACUUCAUCUGUCGGAGCUUCAACUACAGAGAUACCGCAGCAUCCACCUACGACGAACGGGAUCUACCAAACUGUGAGCUCAGCGAUCGCGAUUCCCGCGAAUUGGAUGUUCAUGAUCCGAACACAUUCGAUCCGGCAAAUUAUGACUUUUACGAGCGCAGUGCGGGUCGCAGCGACGGCGAAUGCCUCGACGUUUCACAGACGUGCAACGAAGAGGGAAUGGAGUUCACUAUACGUACACCAGAGGGUUUCAUUGGCCGCAUCUACACCUACGGAUUUUACGACAGAUGCUUUUUCCGUGGCAAUGGUGGCACUGUGAACGUGCUGCGUAUCAGUGGUCCACAAGGUUAUCCCGAUUGCGGAACACAGCGGUAUGGAGACACACUCACGAAUAUUGUGGUAGUGCAGUUUUCGGACAACGUUCAGACCAGUCGAGAUAAACGAUACAACUUGACCUGUGUGUUCCGAGGUCCUGGCGAGGCUGUUGUCACAUCGGGAUACAUUGGAGCGGGAUCUGGAAGUCCCAUCCCGAUUGAAUAUCUACCAGCUGAAAAUACCCUCAGCUCAAAGGUUCGCCUGAUGAUUCUUUACCAAGGUCGACCUACAACAACAAUAGCUGUAGGAGAUCCAUUGACAUUCCGUUUGGAGGCUCAAGAUGGCUACAAUCAUGUGACAGAUAUAUUUGCUACAAAUGUCGUUGCCAGAGAUCCAUAUUCUGGCAGGAGUAUACAACUUAUUGAUCGAUUUGGAUGUCCGGUGGAUCCUUAUGUUUUCCCUGAGCUUGAUAAACUUCGAGACGGGGAUACUUUGGAAGCAAGAUUUAAUGCCUUUAAGAUUCCUGAAUCAAAUUUCUUGGUAUUUGAAGCAACUGUCCGAUCGUGCCGAGAAGGUUGUCAACCGGCUUAUUGUCCUGGACCAUCUGGCCGCCAGGAACCCUCGUUCGGACGUCGUAGAAGAUCUUUAAAUGAGACCGAGGUGGAUUUGAUUGAAGACAACAGCAAUGAGGAGAAAAACUCAACUCUGCUCAAUAGUGGUGAAUUUAAUAAAACAAUUACUGAAAUUGAUGAGGCUAAAAGUGAACAAAUUGAGGUUGAAGAACCAGAGCAAGUUCGAGAAAUGAUAGAGGUUUUCGAGACACGAGAAGAAAUCGAAAAAGAUUCAUAUCCGAGGAAAUUAGUUGCCCCAGUUGAGACAGUCUGCUUAUCACCGUCGGAAUACCAUGGUCUUCUCACAGCUGUUGUUUUGCUUAUGAUUUUGUUAAUGAGUAUUAGUCUUGUUUCUGGAUUGGCUUAUAGACGCUAUUGGAAAACUAUGUCGAAAAAUCGAAUUGCCGAUCGCAAUUCACCUGUGACAUCAUUUACACCAUCUUCGAUCAGAACUCACGAAAGAUUCAGUGAAAUUGGUCAGAUAAACGGAAAUGGAUCGACAGCUGGAAGAUCAGGUCAAUUCAGACCGAAUUUAUCUAUGUUUGGUGGAGGAUUACAAAAAACUUUUGCUACUGGAAAUUUAGCUAGGAUGUGUCAAAUUCCUGUGAUGAAUCCAAUACGAAAUAAUUCUUCGAGCAACAAUAAUCAAUUUGAUGAUCCUAGCGAACCAAUUUAUACAGAUCCUUCGCUGUUUGAGAGAUCAAGAUCGCUACGAAGUCUUUCCGAGGAAGGUGACAACCACAACGUCUAAAAUCUGUAAAUAACCCCAACCAACACGAACAGUACUAAAACCUAAACCAAAUAUAAACUUUUUUUAUAGAACUUAACUUUUUAUAUGUCAAUUUUUAUUUUAUAUGUAAGAAUAGUUUAUAGUUUUUGUCUACUUAGAAGCUCAUACAGUUUGCACCUGUGAUUGAUAAUGGAACUUUUUUCAAUCCAAAUUAAGAAGAAAAUAAUAAUAACUUUCAAUAUUUUUAAGAACUUAUAUUUAUUUUUCAUCAAAUUUAUAUUCAUGCACAAAAAAAUAAAAUGGAGAAAAUAGAUACAAGCAUACAUAAUACUUAAGCAUGCCUUAAAAUUCUUGAGUAGUAGAAUAAAAUCAAGUAAUUCUUCAAUUGCAUUUAUACAAACAUAAUUAAGAAUAUUAAGAAUUUAAUUAAGAGUUUAGGUUUUAUGAAAUAAAUAUCUACAUUAUAUACUUCAAUAUAAA